AUGGACGUCAGUCUGCUGCGGCCAGAUGAUGCCCGUGUCCAGUAUGUCUCAGCCAGUGUCCGGGGCAAGACAUACGAGUAUAUGAUCGGAAAUCCGCCACAAGACCAUCCCGUCGCUACCAUCUUCCUCAUCCAUGGGUUCCCAGACAUCCCCCAUGGGUGGCGCUUCCAGGUCCCGUACCUGAUGUCUCUCGGCUUCUGUGUCGUCGUUCCCAGCAUGCUCGGCUACGCUGGGACGGACGCCCCUCGAGAGCUCGCUGAGUAUACCUUCAAGUCCCUGUCCGCCGACGUGAAGGAACUCGCAGCCCAGAUCGUCGGCGACGGGCAAAUCAUUCUCGGCGGCCACGACUGGGGCGGCAUGCUCGUCUGGCGCGUAUCCAUGUACUACCCGGAGCUUGUCAAGGCCGUAUUCUCUGUGUGCACGCCUUACAUCGCGCCGCAGACUGUUUACUUCGAUGUAGAGGAGCUCGCCGCUGACAGGAUGCCCAAUCUGGGCUAA